AUGUCCAGAAUUGAAGCUCCCACCACCCCAAAAAGAAUUACCCUUGAAACUCCUUCCAAUCUCUUUUCCUUUGAACCUCAAACCAAUUCCAUGACGAAUUCAGAAUCUCGAGAAGAUAUCGUUGAGAUGGCCAAUAGUGUCGUUGGUGGAGGUCAGACAGUACAAGGAGCAGCUCCUUCAGCAGCAAUCACUGCAACCUCUCUCACGGUAACCUCUGCCACAACUUUGUCCACUCUUUCAUCCUUUGCUGUCAUAAAUCGACUCCAAACCUCAUUAUUUUCCCUGAUUGUGGCUUUACAAUCGAGCUCAAAACAAUCCUCAAUCAUGUUUUGGAUGUUGACCUUCCUUUUCAAUUGUCACCUCCUGUGGGUGAGUGUAUUCAUCCCCACAGUGGGUGGAAUGAACUAUGGAGAGUACGGAGAGUGGGUAUUCACAGUUGCUAAUUACCCACUCACUCUCUCGUUGAAUUUAAUUCCCUACGAAGGAAUGGUUGCUUUGGUUUUCAUUGUUUUUUUCUCUCUUUUGUUGUACAUUGCAUUAUUGUUCAUGACCUAUCAGAGAAUUAUUAAUACGAGAAGAUUCUCAGAUUGGUUCUUACAAGCCACUCGUGUCUUUAACUUUAUAAUCUUAAUUUCUUGUGGAACGAUGGCGUAUGUGCUGACAAGUCUUCUCGAAUGCAGCAGUUCGGUCAGUAGUGUUUCCAGUAAUGGAGGCAGUGUCUACUCCACUUCUGAACUCUCUCGUUAUCACCAUAUCGAUUGCUACCACUCACCCAAUAUUAUCUUUCUUGUCUUUUCAUUGGUUGCAUUUAUUUUGCUCAUGGCAUGUGUGGCAUUGUCAGCCAUGAUCUAUAGAAAUAGUCAUCCCAUGAACAAAUCUUUAUUCACCUGUUUGAACAAUUAUGCUCUCAUGUUGCAAUUGGUUUUGAAUGGUUUAGAAAUUAUGACCAUCUUUUUAAUUCCAAAACAAUUGCUUCAAAUUCGUGCAAUUGUUCAUUUGAUCUUUUCAGGAGCUUGGCCGAUUCUCUUUCUUUAUCAUUUACCAUAUUUCAGAAUGAUUGCAAAUUCCUUAUUCUUUGGUGCUGGUUGUGCCAAAAUUGGUGCAUCGAUUGGAGUUGUGAUUACAAGUUUUGUAAAUUCUCAAAAUUCGAACCAACUAGGUCUCUAUUUGAUGGCUAUUACUCUUGGAUUGAUAUUGAUUAGUUUCCUUAUUGGUUUUUUAGGGAUGGAAUUUUCUCAACGACUCGCCUACAAAAAAGUACACAAAAUUGUCAAUGAAAAUAAGGAAAAUCUGGCACAAGUAUUACACAUCUUUGAAAAGAAGAAACGAUGGUUAAUCAUGUAUUUACAAUUCUCUGUGAUUAGACCUAAGUGUGACAACAAUGACAAUGAAGAUUUAAUACUCUCACUCGCUAAAGUGAUUGGCGCCAACAAGAAUCCAUCUCAACAACAUCCUUUCUUGUUGUUGAUCAGCGCUCUCAUUAUUGCUUACACUUGGCAAGAUGGAAAUUGUCACUCCUUUGCCAUGUAUCUGUUGAAACGAUGUUUGAGAAUUUCGAAUAAUAUUUUUGUUCGAUUUCAAGUACAACAACGAUCCAAAGAGGUUGAAUUGGAUGAAACAAGAGAUUCUCUAGCUCUGAAAUGUCUCACUGAGAGUAAGCAUGUGUUGGAUAGUUUAGAAAAAUUGGAAGACGAGUUGAGAACUCUUCAUCGAAUGUUUUGGAAAGAGUUAAUGAAUGAAAUUCCAAAUCAUGUCAAGAUUGAGUACAUGAAUAGAAGAUGUACCGAUUUAACUAGUCACAUUGAAGAAAUGUAUCAUAAUCUCAUGCGUAAAUAUCGUAAUGAGAAAACAAUCAUCAGAAAGUACGCGAAUUUUGUUGAAGUGUUUCGCUUUGACAAGGACACAGCUCAAGCUCUGUUUGCAGAAGCUAAUGAAUUGGAAGAAGAAGGAUCCAAAUACAUUUUACAAUCUCCCAACAAUAAUGCAAGCAAAUACAUGUCCAAUAGAAGAACAUCAAUGAUCAACCAACAACGAAAUGAACAACCAUUCAUGACCAAUGUGGAAGGUGAUACUGAUGAAUUCAAUGGAAUUGAAACAAAGGAUUAUUCUAAAAAAGAUGUCGUGCUGAAGAGUUCUCUCAGACAUUUGGAAAACAACAAGGGAUUUUAUGUGUUCUUGAUCUUAUUCCUCCUGUAUUCCUUCUUUGUAUUGUUGACAUGUGUCACCAUCUCUCUAUUUGGUUCUGUGAAAAGUGGCACAGAUGUACAAGAUGUCUACAAGAUGUGUAAAGGAUCAUCAGUCUCCUUUGCUGUAUUGAGAGAGCUUCGAUUUAUUCAGAACCUCAAGAAUUUUGAUGAAAAUGGUUUCUCUGUUCGAGGUGAAAAGAACCUUAUUGUGGACAUUGUUAAAAACUCACACAAAUCUCACCUUCGAACUUACAGGUCAUUUAUCACUGACAUUAUUGAAAUUGCUCAACAAAACAAACUCAAUGCUGAUGUUUAUGCUGAACUUGUGAAUAACACCAUUUCUGCUUUCAUUCCAUUUGCCACAUCAAGAAAUAAUUCCAACAAUUCAGAAUUAGUGUUCACUGAAAUUUAUAUGAAGAAUAGCUCCAUGAUUGAAAUUUUCAAUUAUUUACUCACAGGAAUCAAUUCUUUUAUACAAUGGUCUUUGGAUCAAUACAACCAAACAAUUGCAGAUUUUAAUUUUAUGUACUUGUGGAGAAAUCGACUAUCCUCGCGAAAUGCCUUUACAUCGUUUUGUUCAUCCAUUGUGACAAGUACUGAAUCAUUUCAUUCGACCUUUAUCAUGUCAUUUGCCAUUGUCUAUGUCACCAUCAUGAUGAUGUAUAUUAUUGGAUUUGUGGUGUUCCUUGGUGUCAUGCUUAAAAUGAUGACCGGUGCUAAACAAGUUUCCAAGUUAUUCAACUCUGCUCUCUCUAAGAAUAUUAUUGGAAAAGUGUAUCAUGAUUUGAGUUUAAAGAAUGAUGAUGACGUCAAAGUUCAUCUUCCCAAAUACCAACUUUCGGCACCCAAGUACAUUUUCUUAUUUUUGGGAGUGUUUACUUUGAUGUGUUGCAUUGUGAGUGGAGCCAUCAUGGUUGUAGAAUCAAACCUUAACUAUACAGGUCUCUCUUUGACCAUGAAUAACAUUAUUCAUGGAACUACAGUCAUGAGAUUUAUUCACCGUACCAAUUUCAAGGUUGGAGAAUAUUUCUCAUUUCUUGCAAGUCCACCCUCUUUUGUGAAUGACGUAUCUUUAUUGACAAAUGAACCUUUGACCAAUGCUGAAAGUGAAGUGAGAACAAUGUUGGACCAAUUAUAUCAGGAAUGGAAUGCUCUUAUUUAUGGAGGAAUGAAUGAGGAUGGUCAAUAUUUUCCUCCUUCCAUUGGAAAAUAUUCAGAAAUUGAUCGCUUGGUGACAGGUGUUACAAAUUGCACGCAAGCUGUUGUGAAUAACAAUUCAACGUUCACAAUCGAUUUGUACACACAACGCUACUGCACUGGUUUGGAUGAAAUUAUGACAGAAUAUUCGAAAAAGAUUUCCAUUUUUAAUAGUGAAUCUCAAAACACUGCCUUUACUUCUGACACAGUGACCAUGUUCAAUAACUAUUUAGACGUUUUCUUCACAGGUUCACUUUUGGGAGAGAAGAUUAUUGAUUUUAUGGAUGUCUUUGUUAAAUACUCUGCACAACCAUCUGUCAUUUUAACCAUUUUGUUUGGAAUUGGGUGUUUGGUGGUGAUGAUUGUCAUUUUCUAUGGUAUGCUCUAUCAAUUGGAGAAGCAUCGAUUACAAUUAAUUAAUAUGAGAAUGAUGUUAAAUUAUUUACCCUCUGAAGUCAUUGACGCUAGUGAAUCACUUCGAAAUUAUAUACUUUACAACAUGUUAACACCUAACAAUCAAAAGAGGAGAAAGAAAAAUCAAAUUCAAUCUGCAGAUUCAGAACAUGCAAAUGUCAAGAGCGUAUUGAAUGCUUCCGUUGAUGGUGCUAUUCUUUGUACUCAAGAUGGAAUUAUUGAAUUUGUAAAUGCCUCCACACAAAAGAUGUUUGGAUUUGCCAACAAGUCAGAUGUUGUUGGCAUUUCUGUUGUGACGUUGUUCGAUCAACAACAAUCUCAUCUCAUUCAAAAUAGUAUUAAGGAAAUGAAUAAGGCACAAUUAGAUGUGACACAUUCUGAGGUCAUUGAAUCGACUUGUUUGAGAAAGAACCAAACCAAAUUCCCAGUCAAGAUUAACAUUUUCUCGGUCCUUUUCGAUAACGGUACUCCAAUGAUCACUCUGAUCAUUAAAGACAUGACAGCAGAGAAGAAACAGAAUUCUGUUUUGGCAGAAGAAAAAGCCAAGUCAGACAUGUUGCUGAAAAACAUUUUACCAGAAUCAGUGGCAGAGCGUCUCAAAUCAGGUGAGACAUUUAUUGCAGAACGAUUCACAGAUAUUACGUGCUUCUUUAGUGAUAUGGUUGGUUUCACCAAGAUGAGCUCAUCGAUGAAUCCAAGUCAAUUGGUUGGAAUGUUGAACACGAUUGUGAAUGGAUUUGAUGCUUUAACAGAUAAAUACCAAUUGGAGAAAAUCAAAACCAUUGGAGAUGCAUACUUUUGUGUGGGUGGAAUUAGUGGUUCUCUCACAAGUGAUCAUCCAGAGCGAAUGUUACAAUUUGCAAUGGCAACCUUUGGUGUCAUUAGAGAAUUUAACAUGAAUUCUGAAAUGGAAACACAAGUAGAGAUUCGUAUUGGAAUUAAUACAGGUGGUGUUGUGGCUGGUGUGAUUGGAAAGAAAAAGUUCACUUUCGAUAUCUGGGGAGAUACGAUCAAUGUUGCUUCUCGAAUGGAGUCCACAGGAGUUCCAGGAAGAAUUCACAUCAGUCGUUCCACUUAUGAACGUGUGUAUGAUAUGGGUUUGGAAUUUGAAGAACGAAAAAUCGAAGUGAAAGGAAAGGGGGAAUGUCAAACCUAUUUGUUAGCAGCAAAACAUCACGUGCAAUCGAUCGUGAACGAAUAA